UAACCUUUUUGCCAGCUUCACUGUAAAACAUGUCCGCUAACAUAUAUAACCUCUUAGUCUUCCUUCUCCGAUUUGCAUCUAUUCUUUUCAGUUUCCUUCUCCUCCGAGAAAGUUAGCUCAUUUCUCUUGUUCUCUCUCAAAAAGAUCUCUCCUUUCAAGAGUGAUGUCUACGGAUACGGAGGCGAAUUUUCGUGCGUUAGCGGCUGUGUUCCGCAGGAGGAUCGAAGAAGGUGGAUUCUUACCGGUGAAUUUUGCUUCAGCCGACGGAGAAGCCGAUGAGGGCGGAGAAUCCACCGAUCGUCGCGGUUCGGUGAUCCAGAGAGUGGUUGUGAUCAGAUCGCCUGUCGGACUCGAGGAUUUUUUGAACGGCGACGGGUCAGGGAAACAGGGGAGAUCUCCGGCGUCGAAAUCGUCGGUGGAGAGUAUGCCACGUGUCGUGAUCGGAGGAGAUAAGGAGGCAGGAGCAGGAGGAGGAGGAGGAGGGUGUUCGAUUUGUCUGGAGGAGUGGUCGGAUGGUGACGUGGCGGCGGAGAUGCCGUGUAAGCACGAGUUUCACUCAAAGUGUGUGGAGGAGUGGCUGGGGAGGCACGCCACGUGUCCGUUGUGUAGGUACGAGAUGCCUGUUGAGGAAGUGGAGGGAGAGAAGAAAGUUGGGGUUUGGAUUGGGCUAUCUGUUAGCACCGGUGGAAGAAGAGACGGAGAAGACGGUGGUGAUUCGAACCCUCGAGAUGAUACAGAGGCUUAGGUACAGAGAAGACGAUGGUGAUUCGAACCCCUCUAGAUGAAACAGAGGCUUAGGUUCAAGGCUUUUGAUUUGUGUUUGUGUAUAUAUUUAUUUCUUUUAAAGAUAUUUCCAGUUUUCAUUUAAGAAUUCGUUUGCUGAAA